AUGUUGAGAGGAAACAGCAUGAUCAUCUAUGUGGCAUUGACUGAUUCGAAGCUCAACUCUCCCAUGUAUUUCUUUCUCUACAACCUCUCCUUCGUGGACAUCCUCUUCACCACCACCACCAUCCCGAAAAUGCUAUCUGGCCUCCUGACAGAUGUGAAUACCAUUUCCAUCCCAGGCUGCUUCGUCCAGAUGCAUUUCUUCAUUCAGCUAGGUGUUACUAACUAUGCCAUCCUGACUGUCAUGGCGUACGACCGCUACGUGGCCAUCUGCAAUCCUCUGCGCUACACUGCCGUCAUGACCCGACAGUUCCGGCUGCUGCUCAUCGCAGGAGCCUGGAGCUUCAGUAUUUUCUGCACGCUGCCAGCCACCUCCAUGACCUGGCAGCGGUCUUACUGCGGCCCCAAAUGUGGUGAGGAAUGACUUAUGCGACCUGUCAGCUGUAAGGGCGGCCGGUGUGCUGGCAACACCAGAUUAGAUAACAUUGUGUCCAUUUCCUUCGCCAUACUGGCACUUCUGACCACAGGAGUCCUCAUCCUAACCUCCUACGUCCUUAUUGGCGUUUCCAUAUCGAGGAUGGGUGUUGCUCAGAGGCUGAAGGCCUUCGGGACGUGUGCCGCCCACCUGACUGUGGUCUCCAUCUCUUAUAGUUCAGCCUCGUGUGUUUACAUCUCCUACCGGGUGGGAAACUUUUCACCAGAGGUUCGUAUCAUUGUGUCUGUGCUUUUCUCCGCUCUGACUCCUUUCCUAAACCCGAAUGAUUACAGUCUGAGGAACAAGGAGCUGCGAGAGUCCAUCAGGAGGACUCUGAGCAGAUCCAGCUCUCUUAACGGCACCUGGGGGCCUGAAGGCGUCACUUUCUUCAUCAUUCAGGGCCUCGCCAACCUUGGCCAGGAAAAGAUGAUUGUUUUUUUCAUCCUGCUUCUUGGUUACAUCAUCAUCCUGGGAGGAAACAGCAUGAUCAUCUAUGUGGCAUUGACUGAUUCGAAGCUCAACUCUCCCAUGUAUUUCUUUCUCUACAACCUCUCCUUCGUGGACAUCCUCUUCACCACCACCACCAUCCCAUCCGGCUGCUGCUCAUCGCAGGAGCCUGGAGCUUCAGUAUAUUCUGCACGCUGCCUGCCACCUCCAUGGACCUGGCAGCGGUUCUUACUGCGGCCCAAUGUGGUGAGGAAUGGCUGGUGCGACCUGUCAGCUGUUCGUAUCAUUGUGUCUGUGCUGUUCUCCGCUCUGACUCCUUUCCUAAACCCGAUGAUUUACAGUCUGAGGAACAAGGAGCUGCGAGAGUCCAUCAGGAGGACUCUGAGCAGGUUAAGACCUGCUGCUGUUUUACCCACGAAAGACCUCAACCCAGUGUCCUGACUGGACAGAAAACCUGCCAA